AUGCAGAGCCUUUGGUCUCGGGCCGCCUCGGCGCGCUCGUCUUGUCAUUGCGUUUCUUGUCUAAGCACAGCGACUCCCGGACUAACGUCACGGGCGGCAUCAGCAGCCAGUAAGAGACGGUUACGAAUUGGAAACUCGGUCACAGCACUAUACACGAGUAUCUUUGCGGCGGCAGCUUUAGCUGAUGCCCAAGCCAAAGAUCAACGACGCCAUGAAUGGCAGGAGAAGAUCGCAGCUGUGAAGGAAGAAGUCAAUGAGUUGGUGGACGAGGAACAACGCAUUUUGGCAAAUAUUUCAGCACGGCGGAAGCGGAGAUCAUUAUUCAAUGGCGUAUUAACAAGCCGACAAUACAGCACCGUUGCCGGACCAUCACCAGGGCAAAUACGAAGCUCCAUAAGGGAUAUACCGACACGUUCACUCGCCGCCGACACCCACUGGCAAGAUACUUAUGAGACUCGACUUAGAGAUGGUCUUGAAACUUAUUCCAAUGAGAAGGAUGAGUGUGACAGUAAAGCCCUUGAGGAUUUGGUCGCAGAAAGUGAGGACUCAUUAUUCAGUGAUUCAGACGAGUAUGGCUUCAGACUUGGGGACGACGAUUUUCCCGAGUGGCUGUCAAACGACAUAGUCCGCCAGAAGGUUAUACGGAAGCUUGCCGUGAAACAGCUUGCUAUACGACUCUUGCUACGUCCGACGAUUGCGCACUCUUACAUGGGACUUCGGAUGAACUAUAUUUCCGAUGGUUCGGUGCCCAAGUUGAAUGUAGCAGAGCUCUUACAUGAAUUGAAUCAAUGCCGGAUCAGGUUACAUGAGCUGAAGUCAAUAAGAGAUGUGAAUAUUGACGAUCUGGCAAGCGAUCUCCGUGUACGAAACAUCGAGGAGAUGACUUGGGAGAAUCGAAAACUCGAUGAGGAUGUUCGCCGCGACACAGAACUAUUCCUCGAAGGGACUAUGUCUCUUCAAGAGCUUCUUCUGAGGUUGUCCAGCAACCUGUUGCAGGCUACUGAUCCCGACAGACCGUAUUGCCUGAGGAUGAUGCUUUUAGCGUUUACCAAAUGUCGUCAAAAUGACCUAGGUGAUCUGGUCCUAAAGACAUUAUUGCCGAACAAAUUUCCAUUAAACUCCUCUUUGGUCCUCUCAAUAAUAACCUUUUACCGCAAGUCCAAGAACGUCAAAGGAUUCGACUUAUUUAUGGAAAUGCUGUGUGGUGAUAGCUACCCGGUAGACAUGUUAAACAUGGGAUAUUUUAAGAGGACAGUGAUCAAUGGCGUCGAGAUCUCAAUUCCUCCCACGCAUACCACUAAUGCAAUUAUGUUCUCUACAUUAAUCACAGCUUGCUUGCGCUUCAAUCAACCCGACCGAGCUAAUGCCUAUCAGCAAGCCGCAAGAGCAGCAGGGUACAUGGAUGAUUUUGCAACCCUUUUCGGCUAUUUGAGAUUUUACGGUAUUCGCCGUGAUUGGACGAAAGGGGUGGCAACUAUCAAAAGAGCUUUGGCUUUCAUGGCAUCAUCUACAGAACAUGAGUUACACCGUGUCGAGAGGCUGGUAGUAUUGAUGGUACAUCUGUGUGAUAUGUGCGAAAGAUACGAUGUCUCCGAGGCCAUUAUCGUAGCCGCGGUCGAAAACGGGUUUGACUGGAGGUCUGCACAGAGGCAAGUAGACGUCAAGUUCUCAUUUGAUCCUCACUUUCGCCGAUGGCACGUAGCUGAGGAUGUGUCAACUGUGGGAGCAAUCAAGGAAAAGCCACUGUGGGAGAGAAGUUAUGCCUUCGUAAACACGGUCGGAGAACAGUUGAAUGACCUUUCCCUGCCCGAGGAGGAAAGUUCUGCGAGGAAAUGGCACAAGCUGAUGGGAACAUACUCCCAGGAAGUUCUAUCAGCUGUGCUCUCUGGCCGCCCUGCCAAGCAUAAGAAACCCGAAGAGGACGGGCAACAGAAUCUGCUCAAAACCAUCGACGUGGAGAACAACAGAUUCUAUAACGCCGAGGUUACGGCAAAGGCUCACCAAAAAGAGAUCAUCGCCCUGAAGGACCAGGUUGCGCAGCUGAAACGAAUGGUCUUUGACUUAACAAAGCAAUCUGCACUCAAGCAUUCACAGACCAGUCCCCAAGACCUUGGACAAAUAAAAGACAAGCUUCGUCAUACGAACCCGCGCGUGGUCGAGCCCACGGUAAACAUUCGAUACGUUGGAAAUUAA